CCUCCCCUGAGCGGCCCCUGAAGCCAUGCGUGUGGGACCCCACCCCCAUUAUUGAGGCUGGUUGGUUGAGAGUGGCUCUUCCUCUUGCAGAGUGGUUGGGGCUAAGUGACGUGGACCAGCGCCUCUACGUGUUGGAGCGCCUGGAGGAACUGGUGACGCUACAGGACCAGCAGGAGACCCCCCCCGGAGACCCCCAUCUCGGUACCUGUCCUCCGCAGCAUCAUGAGCAGCAGAGCCCAGUGAGAGCAGUGCCGGAGGAGCGCGGUGAGAGCAGCCACACAGUUGGUUCUGAAGAGGGCGAGUCAGAAAAAGGAGAAGAGCGGCAGGAAAUAGCAGUGGAAAUGUUUCGGAAAAAAGCUUCGUCCUCCUUGAGAAUGAGAAGAAUAUCAGAAAGCAAUAGAUGGAACAUCGACCGCGGGCGCAGCUCGUCCUUCCAUGAGGUGCGUGGUCUUCGGGAGGCUGAGAUGAGGGCGGCGGCCGACGAGACGUCCAGCAGCAGCAGUGGCAGCAGCAACACCGUCCUGCAGCGACUCCUCCAGGAGCAGAUGCGCUAUGACGAGGGACGCAACUACCAGCUGGCCAUGCAGCAACAGCAGGAGCAGCAACGACAGCGGCAGCAGCAGGAAGGAGGGGUGAGCGGGGGCUACCCGGGCCAGGCAGGCCCCAACGACGACCGGCAUGACUCCAUGGUGCCCCACAUCGCCCGGCAGGAGCCCCAGGGACAGGAGCUGCAGGCGGACAGUGGCAUGGAGAAACUGGGCUCCCGCGGUGGGGGUAGUAGUGGAGGAGGGAUGAGUGGUGCUGGGGGAGGUAGCGGCCAGGGCCCCAACCCAGAGGACUUACCCACUUACGAGGAGGCCAAGGUGCAGUCGCAGUACUUUCGCGGCCACCCGCACCACCAGCUACAUCAACAACAACAACAACAACAACAACAGUUGCCUCCGUCGGUGGGCGCAGCAUUUUAUGUGACAGCCGUAACCAACAAUGGCAAGGUGCGUACGGAGGGGCGUCCCACGGUUCAGCGUCUGAGCAGCGGGGGAAAGGUGCACCAGGACGACGGGCUCAAGGACCUGAAGCAGGGCCAUGUGCGCUCCCUCUCCGAGCGCCUCAUGCAGCUCUCGCUUGCCACCAGCGGGGUCAAGGCCCACGCCCCUGUCACUAGUGCCCCUCUUUCCCCCCAGCUGCCCCCUCCGGGUCCGCCGGGGGACUACUACAAGCCCUCGGGCCAGCACCGGGGCCCCCCACCUGACUACCCCUUCAAGAACAUGGGCUCCUCUCCCAAACAGCUGCCGCAGCAUCAGGAGCAAGUAGGGCACUAUUACCAGGACCAUCGGCCAAGGGAGCAGGGCAGGAACGAGGUGCCACACGUCCGCUACCAGUCGCCGCCAGAGUACGGCUCCUUCAGGUCCAAUAAGGAGAGCUCCGUCCACUCCCAGAGGUCUGUCCAUCACCACAGCCCCACCUCCUCGGUCACCUCAGUGGGCUCUCUGUCCCGAGCCCAGUCCUCCACCCUCAGUAGUCUCCUCAGCGCCUCCCACCCCUCCCACACACACCCCCACCCCCAGGGGGACCCCUACGCCUCCAUGGCUCCCCGAAGCCCCCAGGGCCCUGGAUCACACCAGGGAGACCCAUAUUGUCCCGUGCCCAUGCACCCUCCAAUUCAGAGGGGCCACGGCUUCCCACACGACCCCUACGGCUCCACCUCCAGGAUGCACCACCAGCAGCAGCACCACCAGUAUCAACAACAACAACAGCAGCAGCAACAACAACAACAACAACAACAACUCCAACACCAGCACCAACAGUACCACUCCCAGUCAUCCCAGGGCCACCCUCCUCAGCACUACCCCCACCCCCAGGGGGACCCCUUCGCCAUGAUGUCCCGUGCCCAGCAGAUGGUGGACAUGGUGUCAGAGGAGAACCGGCUGCUCAAGCAGGAGAUGGAGGUGUGCUGCGAGAAGGUCACCAAGCUGCAGAAAUUGGAGACAGAGAUUACGUUGGUUUCGGAGGCCUACGAAAACCUGGCCAAGUCAUCCACUAAAAGGGAGGCUCUGGAGAAGACCAUGAGGAACAAGCUGGAGCUGGAGGUGCGCAGGCUGCACGACUUCAACAGGGACCUCAGAGAGCGCAUGGAUACUGCCAACAAGCAGCUAGCUGCUAAGGAGUGGGAGGGAACGGAAGACAACCGCAAGACCAUCUCUCAGCUACUCACCCAGAACAAAGAGACGGUGCGUGAGAAGGAGAAGCUGGAGAUAGAGCUGAACUCCCUGCACUCCUCCACGGACGACCAGAGACGACACAUUGAGAUCAGGGACCAGGCUCUCAACAACGCCCAGGCCAAAGUAGUCAAACUAGAGGAGGAGCUGAAGAAGAAGCAGGUAUAUGUGGAGAAGGUGGAGCGCAUGCAGCAGGCCCUAGCCCAGCUCCAGGCUGCCUGUGAGAAGAGAGAGCAGCUGGAGCACCGCUUACGCACACGGCUGGAGCGGGAGCUGGAGUCACUGCGCAUGCAGCAGAGACAAGGUGGCUCCCAGAGCAGCAGCAGUGGUCAGGAGUACAACGCCACRGCUCUGAUGGAGCAUCUGAGGGAGAAGGAGGAGAGGAUCCUGGCCCUGGAGGCAGACAUGACCAAGUGGGAGCAGAAGUACCUGGAGGAGAGCGUCAUGAGGCAGUUUGCCUUAGACGCCGCCGCCUCCGUCGCCACCCAGAGGGACACGUCGUCGUCAGUGAUAAGCCACUCCGCCAGCAGCAGCUAUGAGCAGCAGCUGUCAGUGGAGGCUCGUAUCCAGAAGGAGGAGGAGGAGAUCCUGCUGGCCAACCGCCGCUGUCUAGACAUGGAAAGCAGGAUCAAGAACCUGCACGCCCAAAUCAUAGAGAAGGAUGCCAUGAUCAAAGUGCUCCACCAGCGUUCCAGGAAGGAUCCCAACAAGGACCGGGAUGCCGCGGCCACCAUGCGACCCUCCAAGUCUCUGAUGUCCAUCGCCAACACGGGCGGCUCGGGCCUGCUCUCACACAGCUUGGGCCUCAGCAGCUCCCCCAUCACAGAAGAGCGCAAGGACAGCAGCUGGAAGGGCAGCCUGGGAGUUCUGUUGGGUCCAGAGUACCGUACCGAUUCUCUGAGGACAGAGUCCAUCUCGUCAUCUCCCUCCCCGGUCCUGCCCCUGACAGCAGGCCACUCUAAGACAGGCAGCAGGGACAGCUGCACCCAGACAGACAAGGGCCAGAGCCAGGAGGCUAGCAGCAAGCCCAGCACCCCAGCCCUGCAGAGCACGACCCUGCCCAACCGCCUCUCCAGCCCCAGCCCCGUCUACAUACCUGACCGCAUCGCAGAUGUGCCAGUGUUCCACAGCAGUACCCUGGAGAGGCGUGUCCUGGCACAGUCCCACCCCCAGGCCACAUCAGCCCCUCAACAGGAGGACAACGACAUGGUGGAGAUUCUCAUCUGAACUGAACCAUGGCCUCUAUAGGUCACAGGACAGGAGGACAAUAUGUGUUUGUGCACAAUCAAUACACACACAUUCACAGACACACACUUUCAAAAUAGGUGGAGGAUUCCUUUUUUCAACGUUUGGUGUUUAACUAGUUGUCGGGUGACCGAGGGUGUGUUCAAAUACAUCACUUUUUUAGAUGUGCUUUAAUGAACAAUACUUUGUACGGUUUGUGAUUCGGGAGGUUUUAGUGUCAUCAGAAUGAUCAGUGAACUCUCUUGAACAGUGUUGCUGGAGGCUAUUGGUUAACUAGCCCCCUUGGAUCAAAUGUAUUGGCUACCAUACGUUGCAUCUAUUGGUUAACUAGCCCCCUUGGAUCAAAUGU